AUGACUCGUUUGGCCAAUGAGACCGUGUACGACGCCAGAAAAAGAAUCAGAGAGAAAAACCAUCACCGGCACAGGAGUCCACCGCCGCCGAUCAACUACACGCUCGACUUGAACCUCGCUUCGGAAUACAACGUCUACGACCGACAGUAUUUGAAAAUCACCGAUGCUGACGAGUGUUUGGCGCUCCAACCCGCCGACGUCAAUAAUUCUUUGAGUCCGGCGGGAAGAUUUCUCAGCGGUACGUUUUGUCCGCCAGAUCUGGAUCACAUUGCUUGCAGUCCUCCUGUCCCAGCCAAUUACACAUUAGUGAAGCACUGUGAGCAUAUUUUCAGAGCUCACUACAAUCACACAAUACCGGCUGACUUGGAACCGGCGAGACAUUUCUUCAAAAAUUUGUACGCGUUUCGUCGAUGCGGCUCCGACGGGAGCUGGAUCAACAGCACCGACUAUAGAGCAUGUGAAUCGAUGGGCAAUUAUAUCGACAGAGUCGCCCCGGAACCCAUGACGCCACAUCAGUUACUUUUAGGUAGAAUCAUGCUGGCUGGGUCUUGUUCAUCGAUGUUCUUCUUGUUGAUAACAUUCUAUAUCUUUAGCCGAUUUCGGAAACUCCACUGCCCGCGAACGAAAGUUCACAUGUGUCUCUCACUGUCUCUUUUCAUGUAUUCUUUAGCAGCAUUCGCGACUAGUUUACCGAAUGUUGUGAAUGCAGGUCACCGAUACUUGAUAAUGCCGCACAUCCGCUACUACCCGAAAUUCUGCAAAACCACGUUGACGGUAACCAUGUACUCUUCGACUUCGUCCGUGAACUGGAUGUUCGUGGAGGGUCUGCUGCUGCAUUCGCGGCUGACCACGUCGAUAUUCCGCCAGGACGCCCCGUUCAGGCUCUACUAUUUCAUCGGGUACGUGCUCCCGUUGUUCUUCGUCCUUCCUUGGGCGUACAUCAUGGAGAAGACUCAAGAAAAGUCCUGCUGGGUCACUUACGGUUCUUCUCCGUACAUCCGACUGUUGACCAUCCCUCGGAUCGUGGCGUUAAUGGUGAAUAGCUUGUUCCUAGUAAACAUCGUCCGCAUUGUACUCGUCUCGGGUAGGAAGAGACCUGAGACGAAUCAGCUAACACGAGCGAUCAAAGCCACUGCCAUUCUAUUCCCCCUGUUCGGUCUGACACAUCUGAUAUACUGUAUGCGUUUUGAUGACCAGAGAAUUUACGACAUUGUGAACGCCUUCCUUCACCCGAUGCAGGGCACCUUCGUCUCAAUAAUUUAUUGCUUCAUGAACGCCGAGGUGCAGAAUGCUGUGCGCCACGCGUACAGUCGCACCCUGGCACGCCGGCAGCCCACGGGGCUUUCUAGCAUGAGCCAACGAUCUCAGAGAUUGAAUAGAAAUAAAAAUACGAUCACGGCCACGAUCACUAGCCACCAAGCCUCAGGCCGACGGAAUCGUAGACGAUCCGAGCCUGUCGACUUGAUGGAAAUGGUUCCCGAAAACCGACGAUGCCAGGAAAGCGGAGGAGGAGUGCGAUGCGACGCCGUGUGA